CAAAAACCACACAAACACAAAAAUUUGAUAGUACUAAAUUAUUACUAUUAUCAUAUACUAGGAUUUAUUCGUAGUUUCAUACCCCAACUUGUGAUUGGUCCCACUAAGCCCUACACUAUGCCACCGGACACACUCUCGGAUUCGCCGGAGUCUGACGUCACCUCCGCCUUGACCUUCAAGGACACCGAGCUCACCUUAGGAAUACCUGGCGAGCCAACUCGUUCACCUGCAGGAAAGUUCUGUACCAAACGUGGAUUCAUCGAGACCGUCGAUCUUAACCUCAGAACAUCUACCAGUAAGCCACGUGGCAAAGCUCAUGCUGACGAGGUUGACGACAGGUCUGAUGAUGUUGUCUCCGGUACCUGCAAAACCCCAGCUUCCAAGACCCAAGUGGUUGGGUGGCCACCAGUGAGAUCGUACAGAAAGAAGGCGUUGGAGAGCUGCAAGUACGUGAAAGUAGCCGUAGAUGGAGCACCGUAUCUGCGUAAAGUGGACCUGGAGACAUACAAUAGCUAUCAGGAGCUAUUGAUGGCCUUAGAGAAAAUGUUCACUUGCUUCAAAAUUCGUGGUAAUUAUCUGGAUGAGAGCAAGGUUAUCGAUCCAAUGAAGGAAAUGGAAUAUGUGCCAACCUACGAAGAUAAGGAUGGUGACUGGAUGUUAGUUGGAGACGUUCCUUGGAAAAUGUUCAUAGAAUCAUGCAAGCGUAUUCGCUUGAUGAAAAGCUCAGAGGCUGUUGGGUUAGCUCCUAGAACUCCUCCAAGAUGUACAACCACGACUUGAAAACCAAGAAAUUAGAGUCUCCUUGAAUGGUAGAAGCUUGCUUAGCGAUCAGUCCGAUGGAGAGUAGAUAAAUAAGAAUGAUUACUUUUUUUCUUUUUCUUUUUUGAUAGGAAUAAGAAUGAUUACUGUUUGUUUUAUUUUCCCUUUCUGGUCUAAUUUGGUUGAUGAUACCUUCAUGUAACAUAUUAUUGUUAGUCUUGUAAACUUUUGCUGACAUUACUACUUCUUGUGACUUGUGAGUGAUUGUAAUCGUGCCUUUUGAAAUAUUAUUAGACUAUUAAUUAUUGUUAGAAUAUUAA